AUGCCCGCUGUCACAUGCCCACUGUCCAUCUCCUUCGAGAGUCUACACCACACCCCCCGUCAGCCUGGGCAACUGACCAAUGAACAGGUUAAGCGGUAUUUCGAUGAGGGUUUUGUUCUAGUGAAGGACUUCUUCACGCCCGAAGAACUCCAGCCUUGCAGAGAUGGCACCGCGGAACUGGUGGACGCUUUGGCAGAAAGGCUCUACAAGGCCGGGAAAAUCAAGAACACGUACCGGGACGCAGGGCUGUUUCAACGACUGACGCUAAUCGAGGAAGAGUUCCCUGGAACAUGCGCACUGCUGUUAAAGGAGGGCAAGAUUCACAAGGCCUAUUGUGACCUCUGGGUGAACGACCGCCUGCUGAAUGUCAUGGAGCAGCUGGUAGGGCCGGAGAUAGCCGGGAACCUGCUCUGGAACCUUCGGCCGAAGGUACCGAGCAAUGAUGAAACAACUGUGCCCUGGCACCAAGACAACUGCUACACUCUCCCGGAGUCUCUGGGCACGCUGAUUCCGGUUGCGUGGAUCCCUCUGCUAGACGCUACUGUAGAGAAUGGCUGUAUGCAGGUACCUUAAAGUUUAUCUGUCUGAUUGGAAUAUCAUUAGCCUCCCGUACAGAACUACCUGUUGGCGUCACAGAAGCACGUCGGCAGAACGUACUGCACCUACGCGAAACCCGUAAUGUAUUGUACAUAGAACUUCGGCAGAACGUCUCAUAUAAAGUCGUAUUCGCGCAUGGAAGGUCAACAUCUCGUCUUAAGUUUACAACUGUUGCGUUAAAAAUAUCGUCUGCAACAUGAGCAAAAGAAAAAAAAUUCUGAUGCAAUGUUAGCCAAACAUCCAACCGAAACCGUGAAAAAAUCAGGCUUUUUCGCAAGUGCAGUACGUUCUGCCGACGUGCUCUUCACAGAAGCGUAAGAUCAAAUACGUGAUUUGGUGAGCAGUGGAUCAUCAUUAACAGGAAAUUUGUGGCGUCCCGUCUCUGUUAUCGAAUGGCUUUGUUUGGUUCCUCUUGCAAAAACGUACAAUAGUGACGCUGAAAGUAAAGGUUAUCUGCAUAGUACCAAAGGAAGCAAAUGAAUAUGCAUAGUAACAAUGGAAGUAAGCUGAAUAUGCAUUGUAACAAUGGAAGUAAGGUGAAUAUGCAAAGUGACGAUGGAAGUAAAAUGAAACUGCAUACCAAUAAUUACGUAAAAUGAUUCUGUAUUGAAACAACGAAAGUAAACUGAAUCUGUAUUGUAACUAUCGAAGUAAAUAGUAACGAUUGAAGUAAAGUGAAUCUGGAUAGUAACAAUGGAAUUAAAAUGAAUCUGCAUAGUAACAAUGGAAUUGAAUCGAAUCUGCAUAGUAAAAAAUGAAAGUAAAACGGGUCUGCAUAUUAAAAAAUAGUAAAAUGAAUCUGUAAAUUACUAAUGAAAGCCAAAUGAAUCUGCAUAGUAACAAUGUAAAAAAAAGUGAAUCUGCAUAGCAACAAUGGAAAGAAUAUAUCUGCAUAGUAACAAUGUAAACAGAAUCAAUUUGGAUUUUUGAAAAGGGAAUUAAAAGGAACAUGCAUAGUAAAAUGGAAGUAAAAAAUAAAUCUGUAUUGAAUACAUCAAUCCUGACAAUAGUCUUCUUUCCC